UGGCACGCCACAAGCGGGGCACCCGUAGGGUAGGGCGAACAUUGGUGAAAUAUACUCAAUACUACACAGAGAGUGGCGGCGAUGAAAUGACCUCCCUUCUGUUAUGAAAUAACAAAUAUAUAAUAUACAAAGCAUUAGAAAUGUAGACAAUCAUUUUACUGAUAACGAACAGAACAAAACCAGUCUAGUAGAUUCGAAUAUUGAUUUGCGAGGUUUAUAUUCAACACUAAAACAGCAUCCUGCAUUGAUGGACCGGAGACUUCAGAUAGGAGGAAGAGUACCACCGCCAGAUCCAGAAAGUGAUACAGUUACGCUGUCGAGAAAUAAACGAUCAAUAUUUGACAUAGGAGUUGCCGAACCAAGUUGCCCAUUCACAACAGAAUGGGUAAGACUAUAUGCUGCGAGAGAUAUAAACAAUACGGAAGUUGUAGUGUUUCAACCUAGUGACGACAACUCCAAUAGAUUCCAAUGGUUCUAUACCGUCACCUGUGAUUACGAACUCUUGUCAUUCGAAAACAUCGGGACUCAGUGCCCUAAGUGUUGUAGGGCUGUCAAUCGCAGAAGGUAUUGGUCGCGAUGUGUACCUCGAAAAACGUAUGUGAUGGCACUAAUACGCAGACCCACAGACCAUGUCUUUGAUUGGGGAUAUAUUCAGGUAGACUCUAGCUGUAACUGUGCUGUUACUCAACGACCGUUUUAGCCUGUGUGUGAAGAAUUUUGGACCAAAAUGCAAAACUUCAAGAAAGGAACCGAUUCAUUACGUUGCAGUUGAUUAUAAACAACAUAAACAGACUCAAUCAAACCGAGUCUACCGAUUAUCCUUCUUGGUUGCAUUCUUUGCUUCCAAAGGAUCUUUUUUACAGACUUUAUUGAUUUCAAUUUAGUUCCUAAAGAUGUAUUUAUGACCAAAAUGCCUGCCAUCAACGUAGAAAGGAACAGUUCAAUAAACUGAAAAAAAAAACCCCACUUUCUUAUGACAUUACUGGAACCAUUUUGCUCAUUUCUUUUACCAGUCAUAACAUAGAACAUAUGUCGCAGUGGUUAGUCAGGGAGUAUUUAUUUUUAGCCUCAGGACUGGUUUGAAAUUACUUUCAUCAACGUCUUAUGACCUGUAUGCUUUAUAUAUAGUAACAUUGAAUCUCACAUGUGAAUAGGGCCAG